AGUUCACGGUUUUAUUCAGGUUGAUGAGUUAAGGAUGCCGGAUCACGGUGUUGUUGUUGAAGUAGAAUUCAACAAGGUGUUGGAUUUUGAUGGCGGUAACCAUGAGAGAGUGAUGCCUUUGCUUUCUGAGAGAAGUGAAUUCAUAGCCAUGAAAGCGGACAUCGAGGAAGCUACAAAAGACUUCGACGAAUAUGAGAAGUUGCUGGCGCUCUUCAGUACAUCCUCCAAUGAUCAAAUACCGCGUGAUGAUCUUGAGAAAAAAUUGUCAGCAUUAUCCAACACUCUGAAUUUCUUGAAAAACAGUGGCGCUGUGGAGAGGUUCAUUGAAAAGUUCAAGUCGGUCACUAGCCGUCCUUUUUUAUCUGCAAACCCAAGUCUUUUACAUGCGGAUCCUCUUUCCCUCUGGCAGUUGGGGACGAUUGGAAGUAAGCCCAGGGUGCAGGUGGUUGAGCAGGCAUUGAAGGAUGUGUGUCCCACUGCUGGGUAUCAGAUCAAGACUGUUGAAAAAGAACUGGAAGAUUUGGAGAAGGAACUGCGAGAUAUUGAGCGAUGCAGAACGGGCAAAUAGUAUUACUGUACUCAAGUCUUUUUUUUACAGUCUUGAUGUCGAAGGGAUGAUUUUCUAAAAGCUGUUUUUGAAAGCCAUGUGAAUUGUUUCCCUUCAAACCGGAAAAAGGUGCUUUUCAGAAUGAUUCCCAUUGAGCGUCGUAUUUGAAUAAUGUUGGGAAAAAUAAAUUCACUUGAGUAUUUCUGUGUAAUAUGGAUCAAGUGUUCAAUUGAGAGUGCAAAUCCCCGGUGAUGUGUUUGGAAUUGCUUUUCUGUGAUCAACAAAUGUGUUCUUAACUGCU